AUGCUACCAUGUAACGUCCACUACUGGGACUACGCGCAGUACGCGCAGCACAGCGUCGGAGAUACCAUCUCCUACACCACGCCCAAGAAACGCAGAGGCGAUGGCCAAGAAGUCUCCCAGCCCAUAGUCCCCAGUGGCCAGAAGCCGAUCGAAACAACGAUCGAGGAGCUCUACGGAGACUCCGAAAUGUACCCCAACCCUCCCGAUGUCGAGGCCGAGAAGAACUGGGCCAUCGAAAUUGCAGCCAAGGAAGAAAGGGGCGAAGCCUGUGAGGCCGACUACAUGUCACUCACCUUCGACGAGAUCACUUACCGUCGAUUCCGCUUGGUCUUUGCACUCCGAGGCCACAGGGUCCGCUGCUCACGCUGUGCAGACAGGAAGCAGGCCUCAUGGCACCUCGACCAAGACGACCACGACAUCGUGUGCAAGAACAACAUGAUGAGCCCUGACAACCCGGCCAAGAUUAAGGAGUGCGGCCAGCGCUUGUGACGAACCGGCGUGUUCGUCACAUAGCGCGUGCACGCAGACUGAGCGACGCA